GAUAUUGUCUACGUUCGUUGUUGGAAAUGAUUGCGUUUUUGUUAUUGGUUAAAUUGCUCAUAGCUUUUGUAUUAGCGGACGAUCGAAAUGAGUCGCUACCAACCAGGCGUAUGUACUACGGUGAAACAGCUAAAAUCGAGGACUAUCCGUACUUUGCUGGUCUUUGGAACUGCGGCGCUGUCAUUCUGUCCAACACCUGGGUCGCGACCGCUGGCCACUGUGUCUUCGAUGCACGAGCCAGAGGAUCGCAACACGUUUACGUUGGCGGCAACACCAUCAAAAAUAGCACAACUCUUUCUUACGUCGAUGUCAUAGUACAUCCAGAGUAUAAAGAAAUUGCUGGAAUGACAUUUAAUGAUAUUGCAUUGCUAAAGUUAACUGCACCUUUGCGAUUCUCUGAAAGAAUUCAACCAGCCAAGCUUCCUACAAGUGCUGCUCCUAGGAACGUAGUUCUUGUUUCUAGAGGAACGGAUGAGACUGGAAAACUAUCAACCAGUUUGAAGAAAGUAGAUCGUAUAAUACUCUCACCUCUAGAAUGUGUGAACAUGAUGUCGCACCCAAUGUAUGCAUUUUAUGCGCUACAAAAUAGAGAGUAUUUGCAAAGAAAAAUCCUUUGCUCGAAGCGCCAUGAAAAUUUACCAAGUGUAUGCGGUGGUGAUUCUGGAAGUCCUCUUUUAAGUGGCGACACUCUGGUUGGCAUAGUCGCUUUCGGACUCAAAUCUUGCGAAAAAGCGAGGCUGGGUUUCGAUACCUAUGUCUUAAAUUUCGUGCCAUGGAUCAGAUCUCAUACUGGUCUUUAAGAUAAAAAAGUGCAAAAGACGUAUUUUGUAUG